GUUGUGUUCUUUCCAUGUUUGAAACUUCUAUUAAUUAAUCAGAUGCCAACUUCCUUUCUUCAGAUGAUCCACUCUCAAUAGACCAAUGAGCACUGUUUCUCCAAAUCCGAAUAUGGCCCAGCCAAAUCAACAGCACGAUUCAGAUGACCCAUCUGUUACACCCAUAAAGCGCAAGCGGGGACGCCCUAGAAAGGAUGAAGUACCCGAAUCUGAACCUAAUAAAAGAAGCAAGCGAUGUACAGUCCUUCAAAGUCCCAGUACCAACGAUAGCUUAGUGGGUCAAGAGGUUUCUUGCUCUUUUAUUGGAGUAUUUGACGCUGGAUAUUUGUUAACUGUUCAAGUGGGUAGCUCAGGCCCCAUUCUGACGGGUAUGGUGUUUGAUCCCCGUCUUUCUGUCCCUGUUUCAGCUGAAAAUGACAUUGCCCCUCACCUCCCUAUGCUUGGAAGAAAUGGCUUUGCCCCUUCAGUUGAAGAAGGUACUAUUAACCAAGGACCUGGUUCUUCACAGGCUGGUACUGCACAGAACGCUGAAUUUAUUCAACUUAUUCAAGCUAAAGAAUCUCCAACUAUUCCCAAAACUACGAAGCUUUUCCUUGAAGGUGCAGCUACUGAAUCUGCAGGACUAUCAGACAUUUCUAUGGAGACACCUUCUAAAAGUUCAAAUGGUUAUGAUCUCACAGUUCUUUCUCUGGUGACCUCUUCAGAAGUUUCCAAACCCUCCAAUGUUUCAGACGCUUCAGACGUUCCUAAAGCGAUAUCCACAACCACUGAAGCAUCUCUUGAUGCUUCUAAUGAAGUAGUUGUUGGUAUUUUUAAAGAAGCAGAUUUUCUUGCUUUGAAGCCCUCAGAAUCUUCGGAGAUUGCCCAAAAGAUUACUUCGACUGAAAAUAAAUCUACAGAUGUUGAGGCCAGCCAAGUUUUAGAGCAACCAACGUUGGAAACUAGAGACUUUAUUGAAGGUAAUUUAACUAAAGAAAAUUUGUCGCAGAGAACAGAGGAGGAGCCAUCUGAAGAUCCAAAAGUGGAUGAAUCACAGAGCCCAGGACGAUCUGCUAGUUCUGAACAUGAACAGAAAUGAAUUUUUUUAGCUCAACUGAGAUCUAUUCUGUGAAUUUUCUCUGACAACUAACUCAGGCUAGUGGCAAAGAUAGAGAAGGAAAAAAAAAACAUUUUAGUAAUUAUGGAUUAACCACUACAGUUUUUAUCGAACUGAAUAUUUAUGUUGAAUAGUAUUUCUAUUAAGAUACUGCUUCUUUUAAUCAAAGUAUUUGUUUUUUUAGUAAUCUCUGUAAAGAUUCUCACGUGACUUAUUAUAUAUCUUGAUUCUUUUUUU